AUGAAGGCAUUCGCAAUUAUAGCAUUGUUGUUCAUUACAACCUACUCCUAAUCCAACGACAUAGAUGUUGUAUUGAAAAUGUUAGCAGAUUUGAAAAAUGGAACUUCAAAAUAAUUGGAACAAUUAGACUCUGAUUGGUCUGCCACUUAAUACUCAAAACAAGAUAUCGUGAAUGAUUUGAUGAGAUCUGCAUCUACUUAGAGAGGAGAAUGCAAUAGAAGAGACCAAGAAUGGGCUAACAAAGAAAGAGAUAUUAGAAUUACUUUAAGCUACAUCAAUUGGUUAGAAAAAAGAAUCAAAGAGAAUAAUGAGAGACUACAAAGAUUAGAUCUCAAUAGAUGCGAAUCUAAUUCCAAUUUUAUCAAUGAUAUCAAAAAUAGCAAAAAAACAUUAAACUUAAUUACUUUCCUUAGAAGAGCUGUUAAAAAUGCCAAAGAAACUGACCUACCUACAUUAUUACAAUCAGCCUAAUUCAUCCAACUCAAAUCCUACUUGGCUGAUGAUGAAGAUGAACCACAAGUCACUUCUGACAAUAAUGAACCUCCUCAUGUAUAUGAAGAUGCAGAAGUCGAUACAGAAGACAGUCAACAAGACACUUAAGAAGUUGAAGAGCCAAAUCAAGAAACAACUGAAGAAACAGUUGAUGCCUCAGCACCAGCACCAGAAGAUCAUGAGAUUGAAUAACAUUAAGAAGCUGGAGAACCAGAUGCUCCUGUUCCUGAACACCCCUUCGAAGCUGCUGAAAAGACUACCAAUGAGUAAUUGGCAAAGGAAGCUGCAGCCUUCAACAAAAUUAUUGAGAAGGGAUAAAAGGCUCCUGCAGAAGCUGGAUCUUAAAAGGAUUAUAGUUAAUUCACAGUGGCCUAAUAAGAGUUGCUCAAUUUCCUUGACAUCCUGGAAUCAGAGGUCAGAGGGUCAUUUUCUAAGAAAUAGGACAACUAAGUUACAUCUGCCAUGGGCUACAGUGAUUUCAAAGGGUUGAUUGUUAAGGAAAAUGAGACUUUUAAGGGUCACCUUGUUGCUGAAGAUGUCAAUCUUGAAAAAUUGUAAAACCAAUUAAUCACCAUUUUACAAGCCACUGCUGCCUGCAAAGAGAGAUUAAAGAAAAUCCAAAACUCCAUCGAUUUAGCCAACGAAGACUUGAAUUCUGCAGAAGCUCAUUAUAAAUCAGUAAGCGAAACUUUGACUGAAGAAUUGAACACUUUUGAUGAUGUUUACAGAAUCUAUUCCAGCCAAGUUGGAUCUCAAAGUUCACAAUAUAAGAGAGAUGUCUAAGGCAAAAUUACCAAUUGA